GAACAGCAGAUGUCGCCAGUUGACUUUUGGAAUGGGUUGUCGUGAAAGUUAACAUGUUGACGACUUGUGAUGGUGUUUUAAAUCAUUAAAUAUGCAAUGAAUUUUGAUAAAUUUAUAAAUUAAAAAUGCCAGAGAUGCUCUUAUUUCAUUAAAAGGUCAUGUUUUACUAGGGUUAUGCUUGGCCUUCUUCAGUUCUUUCAAUAAAUCAUUUAUGACAAACAAUGUAUUUAAUUAGUGAUUUAAAUCUAACUUCAUUAUCAAAUGAGUUGCUUUGUCAUAUUAUUAGCUUUCUUCCAUUAAAAGAUAUACUCCAUGUUGCUGUUUUGUGUAAAAAACUAAACAAUGCUGUAUAUAUGUAUUUACAUUUAUGUAAAAUAUUGCAUUUGACUGAUAGUAAUCUUUUUGAAUAUAUGCCAAAUUCAAUUACUGAUGAAAAUUUGAGAAAUCUUUUGAAAAAAUGUUGUCAUUUGAAAAUUAUUUAUGGUCUUCACGCUCGUCGCAUAGAACAUCGAAGAAUAAGACGACAAGCCAAACUUACUGUUCAAGGCAUUAUUUCUGCUCUUCAACAAUGCACACACUUAAAAGCAGUAGAAAUAUCAAAUGUCUUUUUAAUGGAAAACAUUUUAAGAAGCUUACCUCAAGUUAACAUCAUUGGCCAUUUCAGAAAUCAUGAUAGCACAUUUCCGCAAAUGUGUCCAUACAAAUUGAAAUUGCCAUCUUAUUCAAAUAUCUCAUCUCUUUAUCUUACAGGUGUAAAAGUAAUGGAGUUAACUUUAUUACCACAGUUAGAACAUCUAUAUUUACAAUGGAUUACAUUUGUUAAACCACAUCCAUUUCAAUUAUUUGGAGCUCCAAACUUGAAAACAUUUGUAAUGAGACAUACCACAGGACCUGAUAUUAAUCUUCGAUAUCUUCCAUUAAUUGUUGCUCUAAGUGCCUCGACAGCAUUAGAACGCCUUGAAUUAAUAAGAGUUCCAAUUAUAGGUGGAAUGAUAAAACGAGCUGUAGAAAAUAGUUGGCAGAAUGGUGGCUUCUGCAGAUUGCGUACUUUAAUAAUUUCUGGUUGUAGAGAUAUUUUAGAAGCUGAUAUUGGCAACUUAAUCAUUGUUGCCAGUCGUCAUUUGGAGCAUCUUGCUUUACAACCAUCUCUAACAAAAAACAGCCUGUUUGUAUCUCUUUCAUUUGCUCAAUGUUGUUUUUCAAAUUUGAAAUCUCUUCAAUUAGGAUACAUAGAUGAACUUCCUUCAGAAGGUGAUUGGUCAGAAGAAAUGUUAGAAGGGAUUGGUUUGACAGAAUCAACUGAUUUACCAUGUUUGAUAACUGAUACAGGGAUGAAAGUUAUAUCUCAGAUUUUUCCUAAUCUGAAAAGUCUCUCAAUAAAUAACUGUAUUCAUGUAACAACACCACAUUUAUGGUGUCCUGAAGGAACCCUGCCUUGGAAGCAUUUAACCGAUCUUAUAGUGCGUCACUGUACUCAUCUUCAUCUUUCAUCUUUUAUCCAUUUUAUAGAAAGUUUAUCAUCGGUAGAAACUUUAAUAUUAGAAGAUGUGUUUAGAGAAGCACCAAAUACAUAUGAUCAUGUUUGCUGCAAGGAAUAUGUGGUGCAUGAUGAUUUACUAGAAAAACAAAGAGAAGGUAACUUUGAAGAUUUGCAAAAUACAAGAGUGGAUUUAUGUGAUAAUAUACAAAAAACUCCAAAAAAUGAUUACAAUGAAGUACAAAAUAUAAAAAGACAAAGUAAGAAGAGAAAAUUGAAUAAUUCUGAUGAAAAUAUUUAUCAUGCUUCAACUAGUGGAGUUAAUUCUUCAGAAGAACAUAUAAAAUCUGAUGCCAAGGAUAAACAUGGAACUGAAGAGAAAAGCAAUUCUUGUGCCUUUAACAAAAGACAAUGUAAAUACAAUCCUGAUAAUUCAUUAGACAUUCCAUAUGAUCCAAGCAAUAUGACAUUUUCUCAGGAUGAAUCUUCAGAAAGAAAUUCAAAUAAAAGAUAUCUAAGGAGUGAAUCAUCUCAAACAACGAAUAGUUUUAUUAGACAGUGUUUCCCUCCAUCUCAUUGCAGAGAGGUGCAUAAUUGUAUGAUGUGUUCUUCAGAUUAUAUAAGUGAAGCAAACAUUAUUCAGAGCAAUGAAGAAAUCAUUAAUGUAGAUAAAUCAACUGAUACAUGUGACUUAAUUUUGCAAACUAAUUGCAAUCAGGUCUUUUAUUUGUCUUCAAAAACACUGGUUAGUAUAUCAAUUGUAACAUGUGGAAUGACUGAUAUCAUUAUAGAUUACUCUCCAAAUCUUCUUCAUGUAGAAGUAUCAGCUUGCCGAAUUUUGAAGAGAAUAAAGAUGAUCAUCUGUCCAAUUUUAAUCAGAAUAGGAAUAACAAAAUGCCCAAAAUUCAAUUUAUUUUUUUUGGUUGAUAAUAUCUUUUGCAUUCCUUCACCAUUUGGAAGAAUCAUAUAUUUUGAACCAUUUGAGAAGUCUUAUGAUCAGAAAAAGACAGAAGAACUUUUAUUUAAUAAUGAAAAUUGUGAUUUUUAUGUUUAUCUUCUUCAUGACUUCAGUGCAAAUGGUGAUAGAGCUGUAUACAGAGAGAGUUUUCUGAACUGGAUUCAGCUUUUUAGUAAAAUAAAUAGAAAAUUAUUUGAAUCAGGAAGAUUUGAAUUAAACACCCAAUGGACGCGACCAUCAGCAUCUUACCCUUGGGGAAAUGACUUUUCUUAUGUUAAUGGUUCCUUUUCAGAUGGAAAAUAUAAUAUAUUGACAAAUUAUCCUUUUCUAAAAGAGUUAUGGUGGCUAUCUCAAGAAUCAUCACAUGAAUUAAAUGAUUUUCCCGAUUCAACUCUGCAUGAAGUUAGCAAAAUGGAAGAAGUAUUGAUAGAAAAAAUUGCGGAGUUAAAAGAAAUGAAAAGAGUUUUGUUUUCAAAUAAUGUUGGAUUUUAUGUUCAUGUUAAAGAGAAAAAUUUAUAAUUUUUAUUAUUUAUAAAACAAAAUAUUAUUACUUUGUAAAGUA